AUUUGACUCUUCUUCCCUAUAUAAAACCCACCCAAAUUAUUCCUUGAUUCUCAUCAAUACUCAUAAUGGGACUCUCCAAUUCCUUAAUUGUUUGUUUUCUAAUUACCUUUUCUAUAUUUCACUCAUCACAAGCUCAAGAUUCUCCUCAAGAUUAUCUUAACGCUCACAAUGAAGCUCGUAGACAAAUUGGGGUCGGCUCUAUGACAUGGGACAAUAAGCUAGAGGCCUUUGCCCAAAAUUAUGCCAAUAAAAGAAUUGGGGAUUGCCGGAUGCAGCACUCCAGUGGCCCUUACGGCGAAAACCUAGCUGUUGGCUACCCUCAGCUCCAUGCUGCUGGUGCCGUGAAAAUGUGGGUCAAUGAGAAUCAAUGGUACAAUUAUAAUACAAAUACUUGUGCACCAGAAAAAGUAUGUGGACACUAUACUCAGGUUGUGUGGCAAAACUCGGUACGUCUUGGUUGUGCUAGGGUACGUUGCAACAACGGAUCGUAUUUUAUAAUUUGCAAUUAUGAUCCACCAGGUAACUGGAGAGGAAAACGUCCCUAUGGUGAUCUUGAAGAACAACAACUGGCCUUCGAUUCCAAGUUGGAACUUCCCAGUGAUGUCUAAGAGUAAAUAAAAUCAUGAAUAAUGCUUAAUUCACGUAUUAAUGAAAAUAAAACCCAGUACUAUUUGCUAUAUAUGUUGGAUGUUAUCUUACUAGCUCAGUUGGAUAAUUAUCCAAUGGUGCAGAUCUAGUGACUGGUUAAUCUAGGGGAAAUAUGUUGUCUACAUUGAUAUUCAUAUGGACCCUUGCAUGUUGUUUAAUUUAAUCCAAUCACUUUAUAUAUGAGUAUUUUGUCUACUUUAUUUUA